UACCGUGUAGGAUCUAGCGCACAUUUUCCUUGAAAAUGAAAGAUUAGGUCAUCGUCUUCAGCGUCUUGUUCGCCAUGUUGUAAACACAUUUAAAAAUAAAUAAAAAAAUGUUUACAAAACAAUCAAAAAUAAAUAACUUUUACAAUUACAAUAAAUAACAAAUAUGAGUUUACAGGUCCAUAACCAUUAAUGAUUUGUAAAGGGUCGAAUGUUUUAGCAUUAAAAUAGAACACAUUCAUAAGAAAGUAUGCAAAACUGCCUAUUUACAUAAUAUUGGAUUCAAAAUAUGGUCUAAGCGUUGUUAAUGUUGCAGCUAGGAACUACAAUAAUGUACUGCUCAGUGGCUUAAUCCAUUAAAUGCAUAAUAACACAGUAGGCUAGUGCUAAAAUAUGAAAUACAUAUCUGAGGUAUGUAUUAACUAAAGCUUUUUAAAUAAAUGUGAAUUCAAAUGUAUCAUUUUUAACAGAUAUGUGUUAACAGCUGUCAGCUGCAUUACAUUCCUAAAUUCCUGAUGCAGCGUUUUGCUCCAGGAGUAAAGUCUGUACUUCCGAUGCUUCAUCACGGCUGAACUGUGAAACCCCCAGCAGCCUGCAAGGGGCGCAAAGCUACUGCCUGUGGAGGGAGAGCGUGAUGACGUCAGGGGAAGAACGUGAUGUCAGACGCACGUUCAGAAAAGAAGCGCGAUUGGUGGAGUGUGAGGAGCAGUUUCAGAAGAGUUUAGCAGACGCUCUGGUGGAGGAGACCGCCGUCACUGUGUAUGUGAGACUAGCUAAGAGUCUGCCUCUGCCCAAGGAGAAUGAGGAGAGCCGACCGAGGAUAGACCUGGUGGUAUUUAUCAUCAACCUCACCUCAGAGCUCAGUUUCCAGUCAGCAGAAGCUUCCCUGAAAUAUUUGGACCCUGGAUAUUUACUUGGAAAAGUCUGCUUCAUGGUUACUAAUGCUCGUAACGCGUCAGUGCCGACCGAGCGGCUGGACGCUGUCAGGAAGCUGGCUGCAGCGCUGCACUGCCCCUUGCUGUUUGCAGAGGAUCAGACACCAGACGGUGUGACCUACGCUACAAAGCGGCUGCUGAGCAUCCUGAAGGUGUCGGCUGGUCUUGUUCCCAUGGCUACCGCUCUCUACCUGUCCAGCCUGACGAGCUGCACCGUCCCCCCCGACAUCGACCAGCCAAGCUUCGAUUAGCUCUUGUUUUCUUUGGAGGGGUGUCUCUCAAUUUUUAGUUUGUUUCAUGUAUAUGUAUUUGUGGUAGCCAAGAACACAUCAGCAUGGUUUUUUUAAUCCGUUUCAUUUGACAUUCAAUGUUUUUGCUUUGGCUUAUAGCUGUGGCAGCUUCAUGCAAUGUUUCCCUAAAGUGCAGAUCAUCACUGCUAAAUCUUACGAUUCAUGCUGGCACACAUUACUGGGACAUUUAUAUAAAACAUAACCAUUGUUAAUGUGAUCAACACGUGAAGGUAUUAUUGAGACUGUCAAAAUGCAUCUCUGCAGCCAGUGAACGGCCGUUAACGUUCUUUUACUUGAACUAUUUUAAUCAAUACAGUGACCUUUUGAACUUCAAACGGUUAUCUAAUGGACUGGCUAAUAGCUACAAUAAAAGCCUUUUUCUUUUUUGUUUAAUGGAUCUGUUAAAGACUGCACACUCAUAGUACUGGCACACUUUUUGGCAGAUUACAUCUCUUCUCUACAGUUUCCUGGCUGUGCUCCACUGUCAUUUCAGCACGGCUCCUCUUACCUUCAACCUAAACAGAGAUCUAAUCAGACUGAUUGUAAACACCUGUGUGUGUGCAGGGCUUUACAUCCCACUGUGCUGUGGGAUCUGCUGGUUUUUGUAUAUCAAUGAGAACAUGAUGCUGCACAGCUUCAUUGAAAGCAUCGUAUAUAUAAUUAUAAUAAAGUACAGUAUGAUUUUUAUGUAUAUAUUCUGUAAUAUAUGUGUUUUUAUGGUUCUAUUGCUUCCAUCAGGUAAAUAGUGAAAAUACAAGAAAUUAAAGAUGCGUUUGAACAGUAAAA